GCAGCGCUGGCACACCGGGAACCGCAGCCCACGCAGCGCGGCCAUGGGCGAGUGGGGCUUCCUGAGCUCGCUGCUGGACGCCGUGCAGGAGCACUCGCCCAUGGUGGGCCGCUUCUGGCUGGUGGUGAUGCUCCUCUUCCGCAUCCUGGUCCUGGCCACCGUGGGCAGCGACGUCUUCGAGGACGAGCAGGAGGAGUUCGUGUGUAACACGCAGCAGCCGGGCUGCAAACCCGUGUGCUACGACGCCGCCUUCCCCAUCUCGCACUAUCGCUUCCUCGUCUUCCACAUCGUCGUGCUCUCGGCGCCCGCCGCUCUCUUCGUCAUCUUCGCCGUGCACCAGGCGGCCAAGCCGGGGCGCGGGGGGGCUCCGGGCCAGCGGGCCCGCCGCCUGCAGCCCUUCUACGUGGGCAGCGUGGUGGCGCGGAUCGCCGCCGAGCUGGGCUUCCUGCUGGGCCAGGCGCUGCUCUACGGCUUCAGGGUGCAGCCGCUCUUCGUGUGCCGCCGCCGGCCCUGCCCGCACCGCGUCGACUGCUUCGUCUCCCGCCCCACCGAGAAAACCGUCUUCAUCCAUUUCUACUUCGUGGUGGGGCUGGUCUCGGCGCUGCUCAGCCUGGCCGAGCUCGCCCACCUCCUGCGCAAGGGGCCCCCGGCCCGGCCCGGCUGCUGCCACCGGCCGCAGGAGCGGGGCCCGGCGCCCGGGCAGCCGGCGGGGGCUGCGGAGGGACCCUGUGGUCCCCACCCGCGGGGGGACCUCACCGUGUGACCGGCUGCGACGAGCUGUGGCCGGUUUCAGCCCGGCGGUGACAGCGGGUCUCCGGGCCCAGAGGGGUCUCGGCCCUUGCCGUGCCAGGGAAUCCGCGCCGGGCCGAGCUGGGCCGUGCCCCGCUGCCCCCGGUUCCUGUUGUGGGCGGCGGACAGGCCUCACCCGGCAGCUGCUGGAAAAAAAAUACGGACAAAAAGAAAAUAAACAGGUCCCAUCCCUGCGCAGUGGCAGGAACACCCCUGACCCCCCAGCCCGGCACGGGGGAGGCCAGGGCUGCCCCCAGACCCCGUGCUGGGAGUGUCACAAAUGCAUCAGGGCUGGCCCCUGGCAUAGAGGGACAUGACUGUGGCAUUGGGGUGGGAAGGUCCGAGCUUUAGGGUACUGGGGGGGACCCCAAAGGGUUCUGUCCCAGCCUUUGGGGAUGAGCAGUCAUGGAGAGCAAUAUGGGGGGCCCUGGGCUGCCCUCCCGCAGCAAAGAACACCCCACUGCCCAAACAGGGCUUGGGGUGCCACAGCCUGACC